AUGUCAGAAGGAGUGCCUCGCUACACCGGCGGGCCUCGCUACACCGGCGGGCCUCGCUACACCGGCGUGCCUCGCUACACCGGCGUGCCUCGCUACACCGGCGGGCCUCGCUACACCGGCGUGCCUCGCUACUCCGGCGGGUCUCGCUACACCGGCGGGCCUCACUACACCGGCGUGCCUCGCUACACCGGCGGGCCUCACUACACCGGCGUGCCUCGCUACACCAGCGGGCCUCGCUACACCGGCGGGCCUCACUACACCGGCGUGCCUCGCUACACCGGCGGGCCUCGCUACACCGGCGUGCCUCGCUACACCGGCGGGUCUCGCUACACCGGCGGGCCUCACUACACCGGCGUGCCUCGCUACACCGGCGGGCCUCGCUACACCGGCGGGCCUCACUACACCGGCGUGCCUCGCUACACCGGCGGGCCUCGCUACACCGGCGUGCCUCGCUACACCGGCGGGUCUCGCUACACCGGCGGGCCUCACUACACCGGCGUGCCUCGCUACACCUGCGGGCCUCGCUACACCGGCGGGCCUCGCUACACCGGCGGGCCUCGCUACACCGGCGUGCCUCGCUACACCGGCGUGCCUCGCUACACCGGCGUGCCUCGCUACACCGGCGGGCCUCGCUACACCGGCGGGCCUCGCUACACCGGCGGGCCUCGCUACACCGGCGUGCCUCGCUACACCGGCGGGCCUCGCUACACCGGCGGGCCUCGCUACACCGGCGGGCCUCGCUACACCGGCGUGCCUCGCUACACCGGCGUGCCUCGCUACACCGGCGGGUCUCGCUACACCGGCGGGCCUAGCUACACCGGCGGGCCUCGCUACACCGGCGGGGCUCGCUACACCGGCGGGCCUCGCUACACCGGCGGGCCUCGCUACACCGGCGGGCCUCGCUACACCGGCGGGCCUCGCUACACCGGCGGGCCUCGCUACACCGGCGGGCCUCGCUACACCGGCGGGCCUCGCUACACCGGCGGGCCUCGCUACACCGGCGGGCCUCGCUACACUGGCGGGCCUCGCUACACCGGCGUGCCUCGCUACACAGGCGGGCCUCGCUACACCGGCAGGCCUCGCUACACCGGCGGGCCUCGCUACACCGGCGGGCCUCGCUACACCGGCGUGCCUCGCUACACCGGCGGGCCUCGCUACACCGGCGUGCCUCGCUACACCGGCGUGCCGUCAUCAGUAUGUAAUUAUUACAUUGGUACUAUGUACCGUGUUUUGAGGCCAGUGAUCGUCACAGUUGUCAGUAAGUACGGAUAA